AUGCACGAAAAACCCGAUAACAUUAUGAAGAAGAUCCCACUUAAUAAUAGCACAAUUUCUCGAAGCAUCGAUAAAAUGGCUAACGAUGUCAAACGUCAGCUGAUUAAUAUUCUCCAGUGUUCUGAAUUUUCUAUACAAGUGGAUGAGUCAACUGUUGUGGACAAUCAAUGUUUGAUGAUGGUAUAUGUUCGGUAUUUCAGCAAAGAACUUCGACCUUGUGAGGAAAUGCUGUUCAUAGAGAAAUUGCCUCUUGAUUCAAGAGCUAUUUUUCACACUCUGAAAUCUUUCCUUUUUGAACAUAAUAUCCCACUCAGUAAUAUUCAUGCCUGUGCAUCUGAUGGAGCCCCUUCGAUUAUAGGAAGAUACUGA